AUGGGGGAUACGAUAGUUAACAAUAAUGAACUAUUGUCCAUGUCUAGAAGAAGCACUAAGCGAACGAAGAAUGGAGAAGAAAUUCCAACAGAAAUACAUGAAGAGGAAGAACCAGAUCUGGAACCUCUGGACCCAAGUUUGGGAGAGAUCACAGAAUGGGGAUUUCAAACAAUAAUAAGGGAGGACGGAUCAGUGGAAAUAAGGAGCAACAAAGAAGCUCGAGCAAGGAUGCGUCAGCGAUGGAAGAAUGCUCUGAUUGUAAAGCUUUUGGGGAAGAAGAUUGGGGUCGGAUUCAUGAAGAAAAGACUUGAGUCUAUGUGGGCUAAGGCUGGAAGCAUAACAGUGGCGGAUCUGGGGAAUGAUUUUUUCUCAGUGAGGUUCAGUAGCUUGGAAGACCUUAACCUAGCCAUUAUGGGUAUUCCUCAAGAAUAUAGUGAACUUCUGUUUCUUAAUCAUUUGGGAACAGUGAUAGGAAAAGUUCUAAAAGUGGAUAAAACCACUUCUAUUGGGGACAAGGCUCAUUUUGCGAGAGUUUGCAUAGAGAUUGAUCUUUCAAAGCCGUUGAGAGGAGAAUAUAUUCUUGAUGGGUGCAGAAAGAAAGUUGAAUAUGAGGGGCUAUUUUUAAUUUGUCUCAAGUGUGGAAGAUAUAGUCAUAAUUCGGAUUCUUGUCGUGAUUUUGUUAAGACAACCACGACAACCAGAGCUGAAGAGGGGCAGGAACAGCCUGUGGUGAAUGUUGGACCUCAAGGGGUAGGAUCUUGGAUGGUGGUUCAAAGAAGAAAGAAAGGUCCCCAAAAUUUCCAGAAAUCGGAUAUGAGAAACAACAGAUCAUUUGGAGAGGAUAUAUCUAACAGGAAGAGUUUGGUUGGCCCAAAGAUAGGUUUGAAAAAUGAGAAAGUUAUUCCGAAAAAUAGCCCUGAAAAAAACUCUGGUGCUGGUACCUCUAAUACCAAGGUGAAUAAGGAGAAUGAUUCGAUGAAGAACAACAGCCAGUCCCCUGCUAGGGGGAUAGAGUUCAUAGCAGUGGCUUUUAAUACUGCAAAGAAAGCUUCAGGUUUGAAAUCUUCUAUGCCAAUAUCAAAGAAAGUGUCUGCUAAGGCUCUUAAUGCUAAAGGAAAGGGAGUCAUUCAUGUGGCCCCGACAAAGUUUGAUGUAAGCAACAGAUAUUUUCUGCAAAGGCCUAAUUUGAAUCUGUCUCAGCCUCCUCUUGAGCAGCAAAAAGGUAAACUAUAG